AAUUAUGGGUCGAUGAUUGGUUGGUUCAUUCCCUCGUUCCUUGAUUCGUUCCUCGGUUCAAUGGAAACCGGCAAAAUGGUAGAAGAAAUAGCGGCGACGCUACCUGAUAAUGUUUUAGAAGUUAUUUUUUCGUAUCUUGACCUUCAUGAUCUCAGGAACUGUUCUCUCGUGUGCAAAAACUGGUAUAGGUUUUUAAAUGAUGAAAAUAAUGAUGUGUGGAGGUUACACUGCAUACGUAAACUCGCAGAGGAAGCUCUCAAGUCGGACUUGCUUUCAUCUGUGCCAACGUACAAAGCGAAGUUACGAGCAUUUUAUCAUGCAUGGAAUCCCAAUGACUGUUCGAGAAAUGUUUACAUUAAGCCCAAUGGAUUUACGUUACAUAGAAAUCCUGUGGCGCAAAGUACAGACGCUGCGCGUGGAAAAAUAGGGUUUAGGCAUGGUAGACAUGCUUGGGAAGUGAUAUGGGAAGGACCUCUUGGAACUGUUGCUGUUAUAGGUAUUGCCACGAAGGAAGCGCCACUUCAGUGUCAUGGUUAUGUUGCUCUGUUAGGUUCUGAUGAUCAGAGUUGGGGCUGGAAUUUGGUGGAUAACCAUCUGCUACACAAUGGUGAUUCUCAAGGGAACUACCCUCUUCUGAAUAAUGCACCGAAAUAUCAGGUUGGUGAGAGAAUAAGAGUUAUUCUGGAUUGUGAUGAUAAUACCUUAUCGUUUGAAAAAAAUUAUGAGUUCCUUGGAGUGGCAUUCAGAGGUCUGCCUGACAAAAGACUGUACCCUUCUGUUUCUGCUGUAUACGGUAAUACAGAAGUUUCUAUGGUGUAUCUCGGACCCCCACUUGAUGGGUAACGUUUAGUUGUUUCUGUGAACAUACUUUACACACGGAGUGCUGUUGAUCUCCACUCACCAAAGUUCGGCUGCAUACGGCAACUUGUUUUCUUGAGAAACUCAGCAGUAUGAGGACUCAUUGUUAGUUCUGCAAUCUACAGCCAAGUGACGGGUGUCAUUUUUGCAACAGAGAAUUUCUGCUUUUCUCUUCAGUACAUAUUGAUGCGCUUUCAUCAAAUUAUGGGCUGUGCUGUUGGAGAUAGCUGUUGUCUUAAUCGGAAGACAAAAAUUGGCAGAUUCUCUUCUCGUUGAAGAUGAGCAGGCAUAUUGAUUUUACAUACUUAUCAAUGAAGAUAGAAUGCCUGCAAGUUUUGUUAGGAAGUUUGCAAAGGAUCAAUCACAAUGUGUUGUGUACUGGCAGGUACAGUGCAUAGAUAUGCUCCUGAAACAUUCAAACAAUUCCAUUUUUCUUGCUACUUAUAUUACUUUUUAAUUUGACCCCAGUGUUAUCUGGCUGUUAUGUCCAGUCUUCCUAUGUAUGUUUUAUAUACAUACCAUGUUGUUCAGACUCGAGAUGGGUUUAUUUGAGAUAUUUUUGACACCAACAUUGCCAUCCAUUGAAGGGAGUGUGAUCUGUGUGUAACAAAUGCAAAGUUUGGCUUUGCAGUGCUUGAAAAUCCUAUUAUCAUAAGCUCUGCUGAACAUGUCCUGCCACAAACAUACAAAUGAUCAAGAAAGAAAGAAAAACUCUCAAAACUGGUCAGAAUACUCUCAAAGUGUUGUUUAAGCAUUGCAAUUUAUAAACAUGAGUUACCUUGUUUUUAUCAAUGACAAUUAUUCUAUUAAUAAACAUUGUGUUGCAAUAUAUUGACACACUAAUAUGCCCAUUGACAAAUCAUUAUUUCUUGGCAAUUCUGCUAGAUUUCUCAGCUAAGGAUGCUAGCUUUGGUACAAAUCUGUCAAAAAAAUUUCUUUUGAGCCUGUCCCGAGUCUUUGUAUGACUUUUCUACCAAUGUUUUGUGGCUGUGCAUCCUAGUCGUAGCUGCAUUGUUUCAGUAGCUGUGGAUUUAUUUUACACAAAUAUCUUCCAUUUUUUUAAUUGUUUUGAAACAUGCAGAAGAUUUAAAUUAGUGUUGUCAAGAGCUUGACGUGAUGAUACAUAUGAGUUAUAUUAAACAUAUUUUAAAACAAUUUUGUAGGUACUUAUACUAUGUGUGAUGGUGCAGUGUGAAUGCCAGCAGCUCUGAAAAUCACCAGAAUAGGAAGAGUACAAUUUUUUAAUUUUUUUUAUUGUGCAAGAAUCUCGUAUCUUUGUUUGCUUGGCUUGGCUUAUCCAUAAAUGAUAUCAUGCUCAAUUUGGAUUUUAGCUCAUUAGAGAUUGUGAAGAUGUCAACAAAGUUGUCAUUUCCAUAUCUACUACUCUAUACUUUGCUUUGAGAAAUUGUAGAGAAAUCAGAAGUGAUACAAUGUCAGUCUGUUAUAAUACUCUGCCCAUAUUCAGUUUGUGCUAAAUCCAACACCCUGCCCCAUAGCAUGAAGUCAUUUACGGACAGUGCCUUCAACUGAAUCAUCUUGUGAAUGUUCAGUGUCCCAUAAUUUUCAGUUAGUGUUUUCUGUGGUAUGAGCAGUAGCCCUGACGAAGUAAUACAAAGCAUUCCAUUUCAUGCAUUCAUCUAAUCUCAAAUAAACUGUUCAGAAAAAUUCAUUAGAGAAAAGCAGUUAUUCUGUUAUAGAAUAUGCAUUUAACCUCUGUUGUAUUGCAUGCAAUAACAGUUGCUAUUCUAUUGAAUAGUCAGCUUCUUCCUGGACUGAUGAAGAAACCAGCAACAGAGGAGUGUGAGUCCCAUCAUGACAUUUCUUCCUUAAACAUUAAAAGGCCUCCCUUUGUAGGCUACGGGUGCCCUCUCCUCCUUCCGUUUCCAGGGUUUACAUGUCAUCUCACUUGUUACUUCUUCCUGUCUUUGGCCUACAUUGAAUCUUUCCCUUUGUUCCUCACAUUCCCAUUCUCACUGCCUCCUUAGGGUAUGUGAGCGGGCAAAGUAGGACCUGGACAAAAGUCCUUGAAUUUAUAAUCCCACCAUUUUUACAAGGUCUAGAAUAGGCAGGAUCACUUGUUCAUCACAUCAGGUGCCAACACUGCAUUUGUAUCAUUACAUUAUUACAUACAUAGGUGACCUCCCUGCUGAGGCUGAAGAAGGGAACACAGAUGUAUGUUGCUGAGAACGUCCACAUCCGUGGACUGUCUGUCACAUGCCACUAAAUGCCUUGUGUCGUUGGCAUAGGAGAAAAAAGAUUUUGUAAUAUAUAAUUGUAUAUUUGUCGAUGUAUGCAGAAUGACCAGUAUGGUAUUAGGGGUGAUUAAGAGAUUUUUGUGUUGAUGUCUCCCCUGUCUUCAUUAACUUCCUCCACACUACUCUUGCAUAUGGUACAAGAGCAAGGAAUGCAGGACAGUCAAGUUUUGUUCUACUUAUUUAUUUUAAAGCUGCAACAGGGGAGGAUAGUAGUAUUUUAUGUUAAACAUGUGUGUGUACUGCUGUGCAGGAUCUCCAUGUUCUCCUGUAGCACUAACUUGUUUUGUUUUGUGUACUGUGAUAAUUUUAUUUUUUGUUAUACUUUGUGUACAAAUCUUAUGUUCAAUGAAUGCAAAAGAGUAAAGUUACUGAAUAUGUGAUUUUAAUAUAAAUUGUUAAUGGACAAAAUAUGGAUGUCAUAGACCAUAGUGAUUGUAAUUAUACUUUUUACAAAAGAUCUGGACUUUUUUUACCACACUCCUGUUGGAAUAACUUGGAGAACACUUGAAUCAUACCAGCUGGCACCAUUUUUACCAGCUUUCUGAGAUACAGCUAAAUAAUAUAACUUUCUUCACAUCACUAUUCUUAUUGAUUGCAAGAUAUUAGCAUGUAGAUUUCAAUUAAUAAUCCUGGAAUUGAUCUGUCUUAAUUCUGGAGAAAUUUGACUGAAUUAAAAUUCAGUCACACAAGCAAAAGUAUGCCCAGGGCAAUAAUUUGCAAAAUAACUAUAUAUUCAUAUUUGAUUUUUUAUUACCGCAAGCAUCAGUGUUGUAUUAGAUAAUCACCAUACAGCUGGUGUGGUGCAAGAAACCUUUCUACUUCAAAGAUUUCACUUUUGAGUCUUUACUUUCGUUGCUGUAUGUUUGAAAAUAGCAAUAUGUUAUUAUAUUGUGAGCUGGAGUUGUCAGUAUUGGAUGGAUUAUGUACAAACAUGUUGACAGUCAGUGUGGUGUAAAUCCUAGUAAAAAUUAAAUAUAUUUCAGAGAAUUUACUAAGCAGUUGUUUUAAUUGAUACUUCAUGUCAGUGAUCUUAUUAAAUAAAUCUUGAAUUUAAUUUUUAUAAUAAGUAACCAAAG